AAGCAAAAAAAAAAAAGCCAGCCACGGUCUCCGGCGCCAGCGACGCCGCUGCCGCUGUCACUAUGGCCCAUUACAAAGCCGCCGACUCGAAGCGCGAGCAGUUCCGGAGGUACUUGGAGAAGUCGGGGGUGCUGGACACGCUGACCAAGGUGUUGGUAGCCUUAUAUGAAGAACCAGAGAAACCUAAUAGUGCUUUGGACUUUUUAAAGCAUCACUUAGGAGCUGCUACCCCAGAAAAUCCAGAAAUAGAGCUGCUUCGCCUAGAAUUGGCAGAAAUGAAAGAAAAAUAUGAAGCUAUUGUAGAAGAAAAUAAAAAACUGAAAACAAAGCUUGCUCAGUAUGAACCACCUCAGGAGGAGAAGCGUGCUGAAUAGGAUUCUUCUCAGUUGAAAAGACACUGAAAAAUGGUUUUGUAUGACUUAAAUAGUUUGUAUAGUAUAUAAUCUUUUCUGAACAGAUGCUAUAGAACUCUUUUAAUAUGUUAAAUUCACCUAUUAUACUUUAACUGUUAAAAACACAUAUAUUAGAAUCACCAAUAAAAACUCAAUAU